AUAAGAAGAUGGCUGUUGGAAUAUGAACCGUUCGUGGAAAUUAAAAUUCGAAGGGAGUACGAUAUUCUGCCGAAAUUAAUCUGUUAUUGUCCACCAGAAUUUAAGUUUUAGAUGGGUUAACGUUAUUUUACAUUUGAUUUGUAAUCAACAUGGCGACAAGAGCUGCAACAUUUACAGCAAGAAUACGUAAUCUUCAUGAUUACCAGUUACGCUUAUUACAUAACAUCAUGCCAGUUCCUUCUGGAGUUGACAUAGCAAACACGUUGAAGUAUUUUUCCCAGACGCUCUUGACUGUGCUGAAGGAUGUGCCGAGCUCUCCAAUGGAAAUGUUGAAAUCUCAGGAAAAGGAUUCUGUUCGUCUUGGAUUAUAUCCCAUUCUGGAUUAUAAAGGACUCUACAGUGCCAUUGUACAGCUAACAGAUGUUGUACCUCUCAUUCAGUGUGGACUAAAUGUGUUUGGUCAGGCUAUGCUGCAGUGUUUGGGAUGUCUUCUUCCGUUUUUGGAUCAUGACAUGAUUGAUACUCUGCCAUAUAUGACAGCAUCUAUGGUGGCAGUUCUGCCUAGUGAAUUGCAUCAAGAAAUCAUAAACUCACUCUGCUUUUAUAUCUUGCCUUUCACUAUAACAAGACGUAAUGCUGAUGAUGAUGAUGAACAAGAGAACUAUGCCAGCCGGUCAGUUGCAGCGAUCAUCAUGAUGGUGUUUCAGUAUUCUGAAGAUCCAGCACAUCACUGUCAGCUCUUAGAAUGCCUAAUGACCAAUAAGAAGAACGUGGUGAAGGAUUUACUUUGUGUGAUUGCAUAUGGUACUUCUGGAGCACGUGCUUCUGCUGCUAAGCUUCUGUUUUACUACUGGCCAACAUUCAACCCAAACUUAUUUGACCGCAGAGUGGUCCUUCAGAAGUUCAGUAACUUGGUUCCAUUUGUGUGUCAGCAUGACAUGUGCCCAAAUGCUGGCAAUGCGGAAGCAGCCAAAGUAUGUUAUGACCACUGUAUCUCCAUCACAUUCGCAAGUGACAGCCCACCUCCGCUCUACCUCUGUAUUGAAUGUGCUAAUGAAAUCCACCGUGAACAUCCCAAUCAAAUGUUUUUUGAUAUUCUACAUCCUAUGCAGCAGGUGUCUAUGACCUGUGAAAACAAGAACUGUCGAGCUUCUGAUAAGUAUGCAGUGUCAAUCUGUUUCUCCACUGAAUGUGCUAGCUACAAUGGAAACCAUCCAAUCCGUUAUUGUCAACAGUGCCACAAUAUCAGGCAUAAUAAUCGACGGGGUGGAGACCACAUUGUACACACUAGCUUACCUCAGCUCUGGGAUAUGGAUGCUGAAGUGCAGACAUACAUGGUGGAAUCGAUUGUCAGUCUCCUGAAAGAAGCAAAACACUUGAAUUCAGAUAUAAGUAAGGGUUCAGCAGACAUUCAUUCAAAAGCAUCCCUCCUGAAUGUACUUACAACGGAGGAUCCAAUUCCACUAGAAGAACGCCAACUACUUGGUCGAUAUGGUGUGUGGUUGUUGGUUGGAUUGUGCACACCACAUGAAGACACGCCAGCAGAGAUCCUGGGACGUCUCCUGUCAAUGCUUUUCCACUGGUUUGACAUCACAUCAUACACAUUUGACGAUCAAGAGAGUACAUUGGAGCGCCUGAAAACAGAAUUUGUGUGUGGAUGGUUGUCAGAUGUGUGCAGUUCCCACUUCAAGGUGUUUGUAUCCUGUCUUUUGCCUCAUCCACCCGACUAUGCUCGAGUUGGUGGGCACUGGGACACACUGAUAUCACGCACUUCACAUCUAAAAGAUGGUCUGAAUCGGCUGUUUAGUUUGGUGCCCUAUGAGAUCAUUACUUCUGAGAUCUGGGAUUAUGUAAUGCCACACUGGAUGGAAGCUAUGGUGAAUGAUGUCCCAGAGAAAGAGCAACAUGAACUGAAAAAUUUGCUCAGUAAAAUCCUAGAUCCUGACAUGAGUCCACUUGGAUUUGAUGCGAAGAAAUUGUACUACUUUGUAGCUGUACGUUUUAAGAAGACAUCAGCCAGAGUUCAAGAGCAGGCUUUAAAUUGGUUGCAGAUCUUAACAGCGCAGGACAUAGUUAUUCCCCUCCCACAGCUGUUUGCUAUGUUUAAUGAUGGUGUCAGAGUAAUGAAGGGAAAUUCUAAAGAUGAUAAACUGACCAAGACAUGUAAACAUGAGGAGAGUGGAAGAAGAGGCAGCCCUGUGAAAGAUGUGGAUGAUACGUCACCCUCUCCUGUAAGGGAAGAUUCCUCAGGAAACACAUCUGGUCUUUCUGAUGAUGAGGCUCCAACGUCACGGCAUGUUGAAUUUGAGACAGAUGCUGAGCUUACAUUGUCUUGCUGUAUCCUCAUGCUUGAUGUUCUGCUUAGACAGAUGGAGCUACAGGAGGUGGAGAAGCAUAAUGGUGUGCAUACUUCUUUGUCAGAAGAUGUUAGUCAGCUGUUGAAGUUAAUGAUUUCUGCAUCGUGGGUUGGUUCCCACUCAUGUGCCUCCAAGAAUGAUUGUGUAUUCUGUGAAUCUAGUGUCAUGUGGCAUCAGUUGGCACUACAGCUGAUAGAAUUUUUGGCGCCUGAACACCCAGUCAAUCCUCCUGAUUCACAUGUAGAAGAACAAGUCGGAGAAGAAGGUGGCCAUGGACACAAGAGUCCACCGGAAUCAGAAAAGAAGCCAGAGACAAAACCGGAUGUCGUGAUCAACAUGCCAAUCCCCGAGUUCCAUAGUGUAGGUGUGGUGCUGAUGCACGUGCCUCAUAUAAUGACUGCUACUGUCGAGACAGUGACUGAGCAGUUGGACCUUGCACCUAUCAUCCCUGCAGAAAAAGUUGUUGCUGCAGUUGCAAGAGCUGUCACCAUUACUGACACUGAUGUUGCAACAGCUACAGCACAGGUUGCUCGUCCCACACUGGUUGGAGAAAAUGAUCAGCCAAUUGAUCCUGAGCCUGAAGAAGAUUUGGAUGACUUUUGGCAUACGUCUGUUGGAAAGUUUCGCUUUUCAGUAGAUGAGCUGCCUCAGCAUUUGCAACUGAUCCAUGAGCUUCUCAAGGAGCUGCCCAAUGUAGAUGAACCAGAUAUUUUAUACUAUAUGCUGCAGUGUCUACAUAUACUCUGUCUUCAUGGUGAUGCACUCACCAAGGCUUCCAAAGAUCACCUGGGAUUCCUCAUCUGGUGUCAAGAAAACUUGCUCAUUAAGAAUUUGUGGGAUAUGUGUAACUCAGAGCAUUCACACAUCUGUCAAGUGUGUGUUCCUCUUCUGCUUCAUUGCAUCUCACUGCCAUCUGGCUCAGAUGUCUUCUGGAAGGUCAUCCAAGAAGAGUUUCACAACACAGACUGGAGAGUCCGCUUUGUUGCAGUUGAGCGUGUAACCGUAAUUGCUCGAUUCAUGGAUUCGACACCUCUGCGGAGUAAUCUUCCUCUGCAAGCAGCUUUAGCCAAUGCUUUCUGCUAUCUCAUCUCCAGUAUGGAUGAUAUCAAUGUUCAUGUGGCACAGCGGGCUACGCUGUAUCUUGGAACCAUACAUGACAAUGCCAUCAAGUCACUCAUAGUGUCACUAGAGACACAGUUUGACUCAGUUAUUGUAGAUCGUCCAAUGGUGCUGCAGUCUCUCUACCAGCUUCACAACUGUCUUAGUGACAGGAAGAUUCUUACCUGGGAGUUCUUCCUUAAUCGCUUCGAUGCUCUCUUCCUUGAAGCACAGAUUAACUUGGAAAAAUCUGGAGACAUUGCAUAUCUGAGAGAUCUUCGCAACACAGACCUCAACAGUGAAGUGUUUAUCCGUAAACUUCACCGAGCACAUGAGGCGCUUUCUCAACAAUCACAACAGUCGGAUGGCAGUGGGUCUAGUGGUGUGAAGACCCUCAGUGCUAGUUUUGGUCCAAAGUGGCCAUAUAAGAGAACUAUGUCUGCUCCAGCAUCCAUUGUGCCCAGGCAAGACACCAAGCAAGGUGAGUGUCCGAAGCCCUGCGCCACAGAACCAACCAGCCAGACAGGUAAGUUGCUUGUGGAAGUUACUUGGUUUUUGGCAUAUUGAUGUUCAUAAAUAAUUUUUCAUGUUCUAACUCUUCCAUAGUAUUACAUCAUAUCAUAAAAUGACAAGAGAGAUUCACCUCCCAGAAGUAACCAGUGUCCUUUUACAUACAAAUAUACUUAUCCCUCACUUGUAAUUGGCAAACAUACAAACCCUUCCUCAUCCUUUCUCUUUACCGUUCUUGGUAUCCAUUCAUGCAUACAGAUCAGAUGUGUUCUGUUCAGUACUGCAAAUGAUUUAAAGUAACAAUUUUAGUGUAUACCAGUAAUAAUGUAUUGUCUAAUUUUGUUACGAAAUAGAAGUUUGUUCAUUAUCUUCUCUCAUCUCUGGUUUUGCGAGUUCUGGUCAUUUUGAUACUUGACUUUUUAUUUUCCUUAGUUUAUAAGGAGAAAUGCGCAUAUUUUUCACAGUAUCUGCCCAUGUUCACCACUAAUAGCUUUUGAAACAGGGUACUGAUUUUUAUUAAACUUGGAAUGAACUUCUUGUUCCUGGAGGGCAUCCUGUCUUUGUACUUUUUAAUUACGUGGCCUCAGUGGUACCAACACUACAGCCAUUUGAACUUCUGAAAUGUGAGCAACACUAGUGUCACUUGGAAUAUGUUCCUGAAAUUCUGUGUGGUAAUAGAUCUUUAAAAUGUAUGCAACUUUUGGUCAGGUCAUAUUUUUGUAGAAUGUUAAAAAACAUUAUGGCUUUCAUACCAAGUAUAUAUUUAAUUAUCUGUUCAGUAACGAUAAGUAAUGAAUUAUUUGAAUUCUGCAUGAGAAAUUUUGUAAGGCGCUAGGUCAUAAACAUGCCUACAGACUUUAUAUGAAGCACAUUUUUAUAAGUUAACAGUUGCAAACAUGGCAAUGGGUCAAGACGUCAAUGUUAUAUCAGACCAGUUUUGCACAGAUGGAUCACAAAUUUGCAUAAUUAUUGAUAUAAUUACUGCUGGUCUCAUUGUAUGAAAUAAAGCAUAUAAAGUGAUUAUUGUAAGCUCUUUCCAGGAAACAUAAGU